CCGUACCAUGUCUUGAAGUCUCGCUCUGCUCAGCCCGAAAACAACAUGUCACUUGUCCACCACCCACACCACUCCUUAAGAUGCAUGAAUAAGUUUGGCAAUAGGUGUGAGUGACCGUUUGCCGCGCGCCUGUUCAUUGACCUACUGAUCUAGAUUAUCCACUGUUACUGCUCUGCAGAACUUCCCAAUGACGGCGCCUAGAAUCAACAAUAGUACCUCCAGGUACUUCUUGGAUGGCAUCUUCCAAAAAUAGAGCAUUCUGCAUGGUUCAAUCAUGUAUCAACACCUCACACUUGCUAUGCCUGGACCAAAGAACAAUAAAUGCCCUGCGGAUGGCCACCUGAAGGUCGUCAAAGAAGCUCCCUCGCUCCCACCUUGAACAUGGCUCUCUCUAGAAGGACCUCUACACGAGUCGUCAACCACAGUCGCAAGAAUUCAUCCUCGACACAUAGUGGCAGUGACUUAGAACGGAGGACCUCCUUCGGUUCAUCCGAUUAUCGGUCUACUACCCUCGAGCCGAACAACAUCAUCGUGGAGGACCAGCAAAUGGACGAUGAACGAUGGAGUCGUCUUGCCUUCUCUUUGGGCAUACCCUUCGGAGUUUCCUAUCGUCGUAGCGCGGCAGCGAGCAGAUUUGCUCAGCAAGUCCGCAAUCGAAGCGACGUCAGCGGCAAAGACAUGAAAGAGCUACUCCUACCACUACUGGUAUCGAUAGCCAAAGACCACAAGGCCAUGAAGUGCCGGACCGACACCGCAUUUUAUCGUGACGGUGUGCCCGAUGAAGUGCCAGACUUCGAAGUUGAAGAUGGAUGGAAGAUGCAUCUUCCUACACCACGGCCCACGAUAACAAUGGGAUACUCAAAGGGCUCUUUCACGCCUCGAGAGCUCGAACUUCAACAAGGUAUCAUUGUCAAUAGCAAAAACGAGCCAUGUGACCUGCACAAACUGUCUCAGCCUCUACCAGAUGUCUUUUGGCCAUUCUUGGUGGUAGAGAUACAGGAAGAUUCAAUGCUCGCUGCACGCAAUGCAUGUGCCGGAGCCGCAGCAACAUGCAAUAACGCCUUGAUGAUCUUCGCUGCCGCCGCAGAAGAACCACAUAAAGUAUAUUCUGACAUGAACUUCUUGUGGAAUAUGAGCAAGGCCGCACAGUCAUUCUCCCUCGCCAUCAACGGCAAAACAGCCUGCUUGAACACCCACAACUCCGAAGGAUGUCUGCCUCACGCUGUUGCCGUAAUACGCACAUAUCAGCUCGACAAUGAGAGCGAAGUUGAGGCACUAGCCGCCAGACUCGGCAGUAUAUUGGUCUGGGCAGAAAACUGCAGGCUACGAUCUGUGUACGAUUUGCUGGCAAACUUUGACAGGCGAGUUCAGCUCGCUCAGAUGGCCGCUAACAUGUCCGAAGACCGCUAUACACCUUCGGAGCUCGCCACUUUUGGCAUCGUGCCCAAAUCACGGAUGACAGUCAUCAAAGAAGUCUUUGUAGAGAGCUUACCUCGUUGGGCUCGGCCGUACUAA